AAAUAUGUCCACAAGAGUUUGUGCACCUUAUUAAUUUGGUGCCCUAUUCAAGCCAUUUCUGAUUAGAAAAGGCGAGAACUUUUGCUCUACAAAAGGAGUGCUGCAUGGUCAAUGUAUUCCGUUUUGAAUGUGAACACCAUAUCUCGGCCAGGAAGCUGACUUAACACUUCACGCUCAACAAUCUGGCCGUCCUUGACUCCAAGUUCAAAUUUCCUUUCCGUCACCGGAUCUUCAGCGAGGCAAUCCCCCUUCAAACAUCCAAGAACUAAUGCCAAAAAAGCGAGAGGUGGAACAAAACGCCUCUCGGAGGCUCUCCUCUUUCUUUUUGAGAUCUCUUGGCGGCCAGUUUUUUUCGGUCGACAAGGGACCGAUCAAAUCCUGUGUUCCAUGGGGUUCGCUCUCAGUCACCAAUGAUUGUGCAAGGAUUCGACGGGCCUACUCAAACAAACAUCAAUGAGCAGAGAUUGCUGUGAAAGUGAACGAAAAUGACAAGUGACUACAUUAAGAACAUCACCGUUCUUUUGAAUUGAGUUUGGAAUGGCUUUGGGCGAUUUACCCAAGACUCUUGAGGCCGUGAUCAUGUCAACCACAUUUUCGAGCACUUCAGAGGGAACCACGCUUUCUCCGCACGAGGAACCGAGCAAAUGCCCAACUGAAAUCCAAUAUGACGAUCCCAGCUUCUGUCCCUCUGUCUACGAUGGAUUUGUUUGCUGGCCAGCCACUCCAGCUGGCCAAAACGUGGCCCUUCCGUGUCCGAAGGGGGUUCCCGGAUUAGUGGAAAACAAUUUCGUUUCGAGGCAUUGCUUGAACAAUGGGAGAUGGUUCAGCUGCAAAUCUGCUUCUCCGGAUCAACUUAAUACCACUUCUUCGCUCAUUGCGGACAACGACACCGGGUGGACCAACUUCAGCUCCUGUCUCACUGAGUCCACUCGAAAGCUCAUGAAAGACUUAAACUAUGAGGCUGGAUGUCCGAAGGAUAACCUGCAAGACGAUAGCGAGAACAAGAUCCUGAUCGCCAAAUUCAGCCGUGUUCUCGAGGUCAUGGGAUAUUCACUUUCAUUCCUGGUCCUCUUCUUCGCGCUAAUAACGUUCUGUUAUUUUCGGAAGCUUCGUAAGCAUAGGGUGACGAGGAUACACAUGAACCUGUUCGCUUCGAUGAUCCUGCAAUGUUUCAUCCGACUUAUCAUCUAUAUUGACCAAUUUGUUGUCCGAGAAGAUGGAUUCACCAUCACGGCGGCGUCCAAUGUGUCAAUGAAAGGCAUCGAUAAUACGCCUUUCCUAUGCCAAACUUUCUACACGCUCAUUGAAUACGGCAAGACGGCCAUGUUUUUGUGGAUGUUCAUUGAAGGAGUUAUCCUUUAUCACAUGACCACGGUGGCUUAUUCCAGAGGACCGGCUAAUCAAAAUGUCUUCUACUUCUGUGGUUGGCUGAUACCAAUCCCUUUGACCUUGAUUUGGGCCUUCACAGCCUUCGACAAGAGCGACGGGUCUCAUUGUGGCCAGGGAUACUCGCUUCAAUCAAACUAUUGGAUUUUUGAAGGACCUCGUGUGUUUUUCAUCUUGCUCAAUGUUCUUAUCAUUAUGAAUGUCUCCAGAGUGCUGUUCAUGCACCUCCAAGGCAACGAGGAAUCAACUGAUGUCAAUCAAAUAAGAAAAUCACUUAAAUCCUUGUUGUUCCUACUUCCGCUCCUGGGAAUUACCAAUGUCCUUCAUCAUUUGUGGCCGAAUCCAUUAAGAGGAUCGUGGAUCUCAUUCGCCAUUUGGAGUAUCCUCACUCACUUCCUCUACUCUUUUCAAGGCAUCUUUGUGGCCUGUGUUUACUUUCUAUUUGAUAAAAAGGUCAAGUCAACGUUGUACACGUUCUGGAUCUUGAAGGUAACUUUGCGAGAUCGUGCCGGAUCUCAUUCCAUGGUGGCUCCUGACCGUCGACCCAACUUCAGUGAAGCGCACAAUCCGGCUGCCACUCCCGGUACGACCGUGGGCGUGGUGAUGAAUGCACCCAUAUCCGCCCAUCAGAAUGGCAAAUCUCGGGAAAAGAGCCAUUUGGAAGGGGAUCUGAUCCCCAUGAAAACCAGCACUGUGACCUCACUAAAGACCAAUGCCAAGGGCAGCAAAAGCUCGCCUAAGCGUCGGGCAACCAUUUUGAGGACGGUUGAGCCUCGGGUGAAGAAGCGAUCCUCCAUCACCACGUUGAAGCCACCGGCUCGAAUGCUGAGCUCGUUUCGGGUUUGAAAGUGGAGCUAAAGCCCAAGGGACUCGAAACCAUGGAUUUGGUUGGGCGAAAGCAAUGCAAUAGACACUCGAAGUAUCCAUUUUGAGCUGAAUCUUCUCAUUGGACUCUUUGUAGUGGCAGAUGCAGACCCAGUGGUUGUAUGAGAAUCCAUCGAACGAAGGCUCUGGACGAAAUCGCCCACUUGGCCAGGAAUAAAGGCUGAUGGCCUUGUGGUGUGAUGCCCGUGAUUCCCUCCUGUUAAAGUAUCCAUGUACCUAAAUGAUGUCUAAAUAAAUUCGGAGAUUGGACGUGC